AAAAACAAUUUAAGAAAUAAUAGAAAGGAAACAAAUAUUUUAUGUCGUUUAUAAUAAUUGUGAUUUAUUAAUCCAUGAAUUGUUAGUCGGUGGGAAGCCGAGCCAUUUAACAUAUACAUUGUCUCCAUUACUUUUAAGUACUUUUUCCACGAGAUAAAUAUGAGGGUAUUUAGUCUUUUGUAAUUCUUUUUCGUAAAAACAUCCACUAAUAGGUUGACCAUUAAAAUCUUCAAGGAGAUAUGUUGGCGGGUUGGUUAGGUUUACUUUUCUUAUCAUAAAAAUUUCCGUUGUCCAAUUUGGUGUGAUUAAAACUAAAUUCCUUCCACAUUUUUUUCAGAAAUUUCUGUAUAAAUAGCUGUUUCAGUUUAGGAUGUAUCUCAUACCGUCGACGAUGAAUCUCAGAGAAGAACUUUUACAAGUUGAAGAGGAAGUUUUGUUCAAGCCUUGUAAAAAGGUUAUUGAAUUAAAACAAAAUGAAAAAUAUCGUAUUGGUAAACUGAAACGUUGUGUUACGAAAUUUGGAGAACGAAUUGUUGCUGAUUUGGGCGAAUUUCAGACUUUCUUCCCAAUGCGAUACAACAAAUUGUCAGACGCUGCAAUAACCGAAAUCAAUCGAGGUUCAUUCAACUUUACCUAUUUAUGUCCGUUAGGACGAACUGCUAGUAUUAAAAUUGAAGAAGAACUGUAAAUUAUUAAAUAAACCUUACAUGUUCUGAGCAUA